AUGGGACAAGUACAUGUAAGAAAAUCUGCAAUAUUCUUCAUCUACUUCUACCUUGAAGACAUCUGGGUGUCAGCCUCCGACCCAGAUGAGGGAGUGAACGGUGAUGUGACCUACUCCUUCCCUCAGACCCCCAUCGCUAGGCAACUCCCGUUCACCAUCCAGCCCGCGACGGGAUGGAUCUGCACCACGGAGACCCUGGACCACGACACCGAACCCAGCCGGUACGACUUCUCGGUGACUGCGAAGGACGGGGGAAACCUGGACGCGACGGCGUGGGUGUCGAUCUUCGUGCAGGACGUGAACGACAACCGGCCGGAGUUCUACCCGCUCUCCUACCCCGCUGACGUGCAGGAGAACAGCCCCGUGGGGUUAGAGGUCGUCUCCGUGACGGCCUCGGACCGAGACUCCGGCCGCUUCGCCCGCCUCACGUACCGAAUCGUCAGCGGGAACGCGGACGGGAAGUUCGCCAUCAAUGAAAACACAGGCCUGAUCACCGUGGCGGGUCCGCUAAACUCAGGACAGCAGUCAGUUCACCACCUGUCAGUCUCAGCGACGGACGGCGGCGGUCUGGUGUCGCAGACGCACGCGAGCGUGGCGGUGAGCGUGAUCGGGACCGGGGAGAUGCCGCCGGUGUUCGGGCAGGCGAGGUACAGCUUCAGCGUUCCCGAGGACGCCGCCAGACAGCACACUGUCGGCACCGUGCAGGCGGCACACUCUGAUCCAGGUAAGACAGACCCGAUCACCUACUCCAUCCACUCCGGGGACCGGCAGGGCUACUUCGCCAUCGAGCCGACCACCGGCCGGAUCUACACGCAGCUCAACCUGGACCAUGAGACGGUCAGCAGCCUGCUGCUCAACAUACAGGCGUCCAGCGGCAACCCCCCAGUCUACGGGCGCGCCCAGGCAAACAUCACGAUCUUGGACAUCAACGACAACCGUCCGGAGUUCACCGUGACGACGGAGAGCGUGGCGAUCACCGAGAACGUCGCGCCGGGAACCGUCAUUUUCGUGGCGAGCGCGCAGGACCGGGACUCCGGGAACAAUGGGCUGGUGCGGUACCGUCUUCGGGACAACCAGGGGAACCUGUUCAGCGUGAACGCCGUCAGCGGAGAGGUGAAGAUUCUACGGAGUGUCGACGCAGAUAACGAUAAUCCGCUCCGAUACGAGCUGAGCAUCGUAGCCACCGACCAGGGCACGCCACAGCGCUUCUCCAACCUCACACUGCUGGUGAUUAUCCAAGACGAGAACGACAAUGGUCCGAUGUUCAGCCCGACGUUUUACGACGUGCAGGUUCCGGAGUCGGCGAGCGUGAACUACCGAUUCCUGCAGGUGACAGCCCUGGACCGAGACAGCGGUCUGAACGAGUUCAUCACGUACUACCUCUCCAACAGCGCGGACUCACCCAACUUCGGAAUGUUCCCGGACGGGUGGUUAUACGUCAAACACAGGCUCGACCGCGAGCUUAGAGACUCGUACUUCCUACAGGUGGUUGCCAGGGACAACGGCUCACCCCCUCGUAACGCCACGGCGAACGUGCGUGUGACCGUAACCGACGACAACGACAACGACCCCCGGUUCACGCAGGAGUCGUACCACUUCUCGCUGGUAGAGAACCUUCCCGCGGGCACCACGGUCGGCACGGUGUUCGCAGUGGACGCUGACGUCGGGAGUAACGCGGACCUGGACUUCUCACUCAUCCCAAACAACUCCAGCUUCAUUAUCACUACUGGCCACCAGAGGGGUGUGAUCAAGACCAAGCGGCCACUCGACCGUGAGACCACGGCGCGGUACGACCUUGUGCUGAAGGUCAGGGACCGCGGCACCCCUCCCCGCACGGCCACCGCUACGCUGCAUGUCGUGGUCGAGGAUAUGAACGACAAUCCUCCGUACUUCAGUCACAGUAUAGGCACCCCCGGGAUGAACGGAGAAGAGAUGUUCAACAUCCACUCGCAGUCCGGCCUCAUCACCACCAACGCACCGCUGGACCGCGAGCAGAAGCCGACCUACGUGCUGUCGGUGGCCGCCGUGGACGGGGGAACCCCGCCCCUCGAGCGCACCACGCUCGUGCACAUCCACGUAACCGAUAGCAACGACAACGCUCCGGUCUUCGUCAACUCAACCAUCUCCAUCGAGGUGGAGGAGGGGCUGGAAGCAGGUUCGACGAUUGGUUCUGUCCACGCGCUAGACAACGAUGAGGGUGAAAACGGGCGCGUAUCGUACGAGAUCAUGCAGGGCAACCUGUACGGCACCUUCGGCGUGGACAGGAACACAGGACGCAUCUUCACAGCAAAGGAGCUCGACUUCGAACUCAACGCACGCUACAGGCUGGUCGUACAGGCACAGGACAACAACGCUCGCAGCCAGCAGAGCAGCACGAUUUACGUCAACAUCAACGUGAUCGACAUCAACGACAACGCUCCAACUUUCCGCAGCGACCCGGUGAUGUUCGGCCUGCAGGAGAACACGGCGGUGAACAGCACGGUCUGGACGUUCUCCGCCACGGACGUGGACAGCGGGCGGAACGGCGCGGUCCGGUACCGCAUCAUGGACCAGCUCCCCAACGGGAACAACUUCCGCAUCGACCCGGUCACCGGCGCGCUCCAGACAACCACCCCGAUCGACCGCGAGCAGACCAGCCAGUUCACGCUCGUCGUCGAGGCAACGGACCAGCCCGUCAACCUAUCACACGCCAGGACGAAGACGACAACCGCACGGAUACUUGUGGAGGACAUGAACGACAACACGCCGGUGUUCGUGUCGCGUACAGAGACGUACGUGAUGGAGGACGAGCCGGUCGGGUAUCACGUGAUGUACGUCAUCGCCGUCGACGACGACUUCGGUGACAACGGCCGCCUGACGUACCAGAUCGCCUCCGGGAACCAGGGCGGCAAGUUCCUGCUGGACCCAAACACAGGAUUGCUAGCGAUCGAGCGGCGACUGGACCGCGAAACGGAGUCCCGCUACGUGCUGAACGUGACGGCGACGGACCACGGGACUCCGUCGCGCGCCGCGUCUGUCCGGAUCACGAUCCACGUGCGCGACGUGAACGACAACCAGCCGCGGUUCCUGCAGGACACGUACCAGGCCAGCGUCUCCGAGAACCAGGAUCCGGGGACAUCAGUUAUACAGAUCACAGCACUCGACGCAGACGCAGGAACGAACGGUGUGCUGACGUACAACAUCCCGCGCGGUGUUGCUGAGGACAGGUUCACGAUCGAGGAGCAGACAGGAGUGAUCCGCACGGCCUUCAGACUCGACAGGGAGGAACAGGACUCUUACAUCGUCACAGCCUAUGCCCGUGACGGAGCAUACCCCUCCCGGUUCGGUUUCGCGUCGGUUGUGGUGAGCGUUCUCGACACAAACGACCACGCGCCGGUGUUUAAAGACGCGGAGUACAUGAUGACGGUUCCGGAGAACCAGCCGAACUACGGCAUCAUCCACACGGUCGUGGCUUACGACGCUGACAUCGGCACCAACGGACAAGUCAGAUACGAGAUUGUCGAUGGUAAUGUAGGCGGUAAGUUUGCAGUGGACGCUGUGACAGGCCAGCUGUCGGUUGUGUCCGGCCAGGUUCUGGACCGGGAGACCGUCCCGCUGUACCACCUGAUUGUGCAGGCCCACGACAACACGGCCUCGCCUCUCAGCAGCACAACCAACAUCACCAUCGCAGUGUCGGACGAGAACGACAACAACCCCAUCUUUACUGACCCCUCCUACCACCAGACCAUACAGGAGGAUGUGUCUGUCGGCUCGACCGUGGUGCGCGUGACGGCUCGGGACCGGGACGAGGGUGUGAACGGCGAGGUGUUCUACUUCCUCAGCAACGAGACCAACGGGAUGUUCCGCAUAGACAACACCUCAGGCAUCAUCACUACCACAAGGCUCCUUGAUCGAGAGAAGCAGUCAGUAUACAGUUUCGACGCCUACGCGUCUGACCGCGGGCCGUUUGGGCCUCGUACCUCCAAUGUGCGCGUGACGGUGGACAUCAGCGACGUAAACGACAAUGCGCCCGUUUUCACCCAAGUGCCGUUUGAGACCACCAUCGAGCGCGACAUCGGAGUUAACCAGAACGUGCUGACCGUGACUGCAGAGGACAAGGACACAGGGUCCAACGCUGAGAUUCUCUACAGGUUUGACAGCUCGAAUCCCAACUCCCAGAAGUUCAACAUCGGAGCCAGGAGUGGAGUCAUCACCACCCAGUCCAGCCUGAUCACUGACUCUUCCAACGUCUUCCGACUACAAGUCAUCGCUGAGGACCAAGGAUCCCCUGCAAGGAGCUCCACUGGCCUUGUAGUGAUCACGAUGAGUGACUCCAGCAUGACGACCCUGCGGUUUGAGAAUGGAACCUACAGCGCCUACAUCAGCGAAAACGCCGCCGCCAACACAGACAUCAUCUCUGUCAGCGCAGCUCGCGAGGACGGAGCGGCCGCAGCUGUCACUUACAGCUUUGCCAGCGGGAACGAUGACGAAUCCUUCGAGAUCAACUCGCAGUCCGGGCUGAUCACCGUGAAGGACUCGACCAAUCUGGACUUUGAGUCGGCCCAGCGCGUUCGGCUGAUCGUGACGGCACACUCCACCACCCCCUCGCUGUACGGUUACGCCACAGUGUGGGUCAACCUUCGGGACGAGAACGACAACGCUCCGCGGUUCGACCAGGACCGGUACACCACGUCUGUGUGGGAGGGCAACGACAGGGGCAUGUUCGUGAUACAGGUCUCAGCGACUGAUGCAGACAGCGGCACCAACUCGGAGGUCCAGUACUCUAUCGUGAGCGGUAACCACGACAACGCCUUCGUGAUUGACAGGGACCGCGGGAUCAUCUCGACAAACGUGCAGAUGGACCGGGAGGUGCGGGACAGCUACCGUCUGGAGCUGCGCGCCGUCGACAAGGGCACGCCCCGCCUGACCGGGUCGGCAACGCUCAGGAUCAGCGUGGUCGAUAUCAACGAUAACCGACCCAGGUUCCCUGCACCCUACCCGCCUGUUAACGUGCCGGAAGGUGCUGAGGUGGGGAGCGAGCUUGCGUUGGUGACUGCAAACGACAUCGACACGGACCCAACGAUCACCUACACCUUCACGCCGCAAGGAAACCCUGGUGGGGUCUUCAGCAUCGACAGAUACAGCGGGAAGGUCACCCUGGCCCAGCCGUUGGACCGGGAAACCACACAGAGCUACGUGAUCACGAUAGUUGCUUCAGAUGAGCUGCACACAGACCAGACUAACGUGGAGAUCAACGUUUUGGACGAGAACGACAACCCGCCAGUCUUCAACCAGCAGACUUACCAGGUGGACAUAGCAGAGAUGGUCCCGCCUCACUACUCAGUCGCGACUGUGACGGCAACAGACCGAGAUGCCGGCAGGAAUGCUGAGAUCACCUACAGCAUGACGGUGGCACCGGUCGAAGGGUUCUACGUGGACCCCAGAAACGGCACCAUCUUCACCAACAAGACGAUUGAGAUCACCCGCAUGCAGUCCACCAUCCAGCUGGUGAUCGAGGCUCGUGACCACGGCGUCCCAUCCCUGGCCUCCGUCGUCGCCGUUAGGAUCCAGGUCAACGACAUCAACAACCACGCGCCGCAGUUCACCGCGGGAGAGUACCGGGAGCACGUGAGCGAGGCCGCGGCCCGCGGGACCACCGUCGCCACGGUUACCGCCACGGACGCCGACCAAUCGCACGACAACAGCAACAUCCACUUCGGCAUCGUGCAGGGCAACGAGGACGGGAAGUUCCAGAUCGAGACGAUCGAGCCGGGGCCGGGAUCGAACUCGGACCAGUACACGGGGAAGAUCAUCCUGUUCCGGUCGCUGGACCGCGAGGAGGUGGCGCUGUACACGCUGCGAGUGCUGGCCAGCGACCGCGGGACCCCGGAGCGGAACAGCACGGUCUCCGUGUACGUCAUCGUCGACGACGUGAACGACCACUCGCCGGUCUUCAACGCCACGCAGUACGCCGCCCAGAUCACCGAGUCCGCGCCCGUCGGAGCGUUCGUGGUGCGCGUGUUCGCCUUCGAUGCCGACUCCGGCCCGAACGCAGACAUCCACUACGAGAUCACGUCUGGGAACGACGACGGGCUGUUCGCCAUCGACGCACAGACCGGCGCCGUCACGGUGGCGAGACCUCUGGACUACGACACGGUCGCGCAGCACAACCUGACGGUGCGCGCACAGGACAGCACCUCGGACGGCGCCAAGCACACCAUCGCGUCCGUCCUCAUUAGCCUGAUCGACGAGAACGACAACCCGCCGGACUUCCCCGUGCUGAUGUACCUGGAGGACGUGCCGGAGGGCCAGCCGGUCGGCACGCUGGUGUUCACCGCCGAGGCGCGGGACAAGGACGCCGGCGUGUACGGCACGCUCUCGUACGCCAUCCUGGAUCGGGACGUGGCCGGGGACGGCAGCAGCGGCGUGGCGCAGGGCAAGGACGCGUUCGCGAUCGACGCCAGCACCGGCGAGGUCCGCACCAGGGAGGUGUUCGACUACGAGACCACGAACACGUACGGGUUCUACAUCCGGGCGACGGACACGGGCGGGCUGUCCACAGACGUGCAGGUCGGCGUGUCCAUAACCAGCGUGGAUGAGUACCCGCCCGUCUUCACCGAGAACAACUACAUCUUCACCGUCAUGGCCGACGCCGACAUCGGGACCUUCGUCGGGCAGGUCGAGGCCACGGACCAGGACGGCGGUCCCGACGGAAUCGUCACGUACUCCAUCCAGAGCAACAAGUUCGCCAUCAACGAGUCCGGGGUGAUCACGGUGAAAGCCAGCCUGCUGGAGGGCGACGCGACAACCGACCAAGCCCGGCGCAGGCGCCGGCAAGCCACGAACGACGACCAGAUCAACAUGAUCGUGGAGGCGAGCUCGGGGAGGCCCGGUUCUCAGAAACAGCAGAAGGCCAUCUCGGUGAAAAUUGACCGGAGCUGCCCCGGGUGCAACCCGGCCGCCUACACUGGACUGGAGCCCCUCACGCCGCUCUCGCUGGCUCUCAUCCUGAUCUUCGCGCUCAUCGCCGUCAUCCUCUGCGUGGUCCUCGUCGUGCUCAAGUUCAAGCGCAGGAAGCAGCGGCCGCCGCCCACCUCGUUCGACGGGUCGUUCGACACGGUGGUGGUGCAGAACACGCACUCGUUCGGGCGGGACGGCAGCCAGAAGCAGAGCCAGCAGCUCAGGAUGUUCCGGGGGCACCCCUCCUUCGCCGCCACGGCCGACAACUCGGGCGACAUGGGCACGCUGACGCGCACGGACAUCUCCGAGCACUCCAACAACUCCCAGUCCAGCGGCCGCGGCUCCUCCGAGGUGGACGAGGACGAGGAGAUCCGGAAGAUCAACGAGACGCCGGCUUCCAUCUCCCCCAACUCGGACCAGCACAAGGUGCGGGAGAUCCCGGACUCGGGCAUCCAGCACGACGAGGACGCCAUGUCGGAGAUGUCGGUGAAGGACACGGCGGACCUGAUCUCGCGGCUGGCCGUCACGUCCAACCAGGGCUCGCACCUCAACACCAUGAUCAGCAAGAGCGUGGAGAGCAUGCACGUGUUCCGGGACGAGGGCGGCGGCGAGGCCGGCGGGGACAUGGACAUCGGCAACCUCAUCCACCAGAAGCUGCACGAGGUCGGCAUGGAGGAGAACGAGGCCAUCAUGGACGGCACGCGCGACUUCGUGCUCAUCGACGACGGGCAGCCGUCCGUGGCCGGCUCGCUCAGCUCUAUCGUGGCCAGCGAGGAGGAGCUCAGAGGCAGUUAUAACUGGGACUACCUGCUGGACUGGGGUCCACAGUAUCAGCCCAUGGCUGACGUGUUCCUCGAGAUCGCCAAGCUGAAAGACGAGACUGUCGCCAAGCGGCAGAUCCACCACCCCAAGUCGGCGUUCACGCCGAAAGUCAGAACUCACCCCCCUCCCCUGAUCACGAACUUGCCGCAGAGCUCCACCUCCACCAUCGCGCCCAUCGCGCUGGGCGGCUCGUCCCGCACCAGCCAGGCCACCUCCAUAUCCUCCCUGCCCCGCUCCCCCAUCAGCCACGAGUCCACCUUCACGUCGCCUGCGCUCACGCCCAGCUUCUCCCCGUCCCUGUCGCCGCUGGCCACGCGGUCGCCCUCCGUGUCGCCGCUGGUGACGGGCCCGAACUCCGGCGCGAGCACGCCGCACCGCCGCUCCGCCUACUCCUCCACGUUCAUGACGCGCGUGCCGUCACCCACGGGCUCCGAGCAGGAGCUCAGAAUAUGAGACAGAACUCUACAUGGUGAAACUCUGUAUCAAAUGUACAGACAGACAAAUGUUUAUGUAUGAAAAUGUUUUAAGUGUUUUAUGUAUGUUAUCUUCCAGAGAAUCACUUUUGAUACUUUUCGAACAGAGUAUUGAUGAUUGAUACGAUCGACUUUCACCGCUAGAUUUAAUAAUUAAUUAAUCACUUUCUGGAAAAUCAUGGAAAUUUUUUAUCCCAUGUAAUAAUGAACGUACGCACGGCUUAGCAGAUCCUGCUAUUUUGACGAUGGUUCGAUAACGUAUCAAUGCUAUAAAAAUCCUGUCCGUAUUUUUGAUGAAUUCUCGCAAAUGUACAUAUCAAGAGAAUGUACGGAUAUUAUUAGAGACAGAUGUGACAAUUAACAUUCCAUCGCAAUGUUUAAUACGUAUACAUAAGUUAUUACUAUGACGUUUUCUAAAACUUUUAUCCAAAUGUUUGACAUGACGAAGUGUACAUAAUGUAUCAUUGUUUAAUGAGAUUGACGCUUGUUUAGGGUAGUGCCAAGUGUAACGUUCCCGCAGAUCUAGUUUAUUUAGAACCACUUUCGAGAAAAGUGGCCCUUUUUAUGUGGUACGCUGUAAUGUGUAAAUUUUGGAAGCUAAGAUGUUAUUUUUGGGUCUACAAGUGCCACACGAAGAAUACUAGUUCUGCUUCAAAUGUUUUUUUAUUACUUACACCAAAAAUAAACGUUACAUGACCAGUA